CGCCGCCAAACCCUUUCUCUUUCUUUUUCGAACAGUGGUUCCAACAUUGGGCCUUGUUGGGAAGCUUUGCACUUUAGCAUUUUUAGGAGUGUUGCUAAAACCCGCAAAUACAUUUUAAAGAGCAUUUUUGACUAAAUUGAAUACGUUGGUAUUCAUACGUGCGUAUUUACAAUGUUGUCAUUGUUUUUCUUGGUUCUUCUUGUUGGGGUUGCCCGGGCGAGUGAUGUGAUAGAAUUCUCGGAUGACGAUUUUGACAGUAAAAUUGGAGACCACAGUAUGAUUCUUGUGGAAUUCUUUGCACCCUGGUGUGGCCAUUGUAAACGGUUAGCUCCGGAGUAUGAGGUGGCAGCCACACGUCUAAAAGGCAUUGUCGCAUUGGCCAAGGUCGACUGCACGGUCAACACCAAUGUAUGCCAGAAAUACGGAGUCAGCGGUUACCCAACACUGAAGAUCUUCAGAGACGGAGAGGAUGCUGGGGCCUACGAUGGACCUAGAACCGCUGAUGGGAUUGUCAGCCAUUUGAAGAAGCAGGCCGGGCCAGCUUCCGUGGAGCUCAAAACCGAGGAAGAUUUCACCAAAUAUGUCGGAGAACGCGACGCAACUGUUGUGGGUUUCUUUGCUGAUGGUGGAAGCACAGCACAAGCGGAAUUCCUAAAGUCAGCUAGUGCCCUCCGAGAGUCCUUCCGAUUUGCUCACACCAACUCAGAGGAGCUGCUCCAGAAACACGACAUUGAGGGAGAGGGAAUCAUUCUGUUCCGUCCGAUUCGUCUCAACAACAAAUUUGAAGAGAGCAGCAUAAAGUUCAGCGGGGACAAGUUCACCAACGCUAACAUCAAGAAGUUCAUCCAAGACAACAUCUUUGGAAUGUGCCCCCACAUGACCGAUGACAACAAAGACCAGCUGAAGGGCAAGGACCUGCUGGUGGCCUUCUAUGAUGUAGACUACGAGAAGAACCCCAAAGGAUCCAACUACUGGAGGAACAGGGUGAUGAAAGUAGCCAAGGGCUUUCUGGAUCAGGGGAAAAAGCUGAACUUCGCCGUGGCCAGCAAGACCAGCUUCAGCCAAGACCUGUCCGAGAUGGGCUUGGAUGCCAGCUCCGGGGAACUGCCCGUGGUGGGCAUCCGCACCGCCAAAGGAGACAAAUACGUCAUGACUGAGGAAUUCUCACGUGACGGCAAGGCCCUGGAGCGUUUCCUGCAGGACUACUUUGACAACAAGCUGAAGCGCUACCUCAAGUCUGAGCCCAUCCCCGAGAGCAACGAUGGCCCUGUCAAGACUGUGGUUGCUGAGAACUUUGAUGCCAUUGUGAACAGCGAGGACAAAGACGUGAUGAUUGAGUUUUACGCCCCCUGGUGCGGUCACUGCAAGAGCCUGGAGCCCAAGUGGAAGGAGCUGGGAGAGAAGCUGGCCAAUGAUCCCAGCAUUGUCAUUGCCAAGAUGGAUGCCACAGCCAAUGACGUGCCAUCCCAAUACGAAGUCAGGGGGUUCCCCACAAUCUACUUCGCUGCAGCUGGACAGAAAAUGAGCCCAAAGAAAUAUGAGGGAGGACGCGAAGUCAGUGAUUUCAUCUCAUACCUGAAGAAGGAGGCCACAAAUCCCCUGGUGGCUGAGGACGAAGAGAAGCCCAAAAAGAAGAAGAAGAAGUCCGAGCUAUAGAAGCUCAACUGGAGCCAACAUUCCGAGGAGGGAAACACUGACAGAACUAAAUUAUAUUCCAAUCUUUAGUGAACUACAGAAUGCUCUGAACCCAGUGGAGACGAUGGCCCUCCCUUAGGUCCUACUGCUCUGGGAACUAUGGAUGGGAUGGCCAGGGCCUGCCUGAUUUUAAAUGUAUGGAAAGGGACAGCUUUGAAAUUGAGAUUAUUUCCCCUUGUCUGUCUGUACUUCAGAUCGAUGCACUUUGGUUUGAGACCAAUUUCUAGUCAUCUUUUGUUUGUUUCUGAAAGAGGGGUUAUGGUGAAUGCUUUUUUUUUUUUUACCACAUUUUUUGAUGUACAUUUGGAAGGAUUGUGAAAUAAAAGGCCCACAAAACCAAA